UUUACGACAGCUAUUAACGAUUUGCGGCAAAAAUGGCAGCGUCCUUGUCGCGAGGUCUGCAGAGACUUGUGCUGUCCACAAAUGCUGCCAGUGCCACAAGGUUAGGGACAGCUGCUGUCACCAACAGAAUAGCUGCUGUCCAGCUGUCAGCCAGCUGUUCCCCAGCUGUGCAUCAGCCGUCAGCUCGAUGUCUUCACACUUCGGUCGCCACAGCACAGGAAGAGCGAGACCAGGAUGGCAAAAGGUUCUGGGAUGCUAAGAACCGCACGGUGCUGCCUCCUCAGGCCCCAGGGGAGCCCAGGAACCCUGCAUCCAUCUGGGUGAGCAGAAGAAAUUUCAAGUACAGCCACCACAAACUGUGGUACAUUGCCACAAUGGUAAGAGGAAUGAGUAUAGACGAGGCCCUGGCUCAGCUCCAGGCUAUUUCCAAGAAAGGUGCCCGUCUUAUAGAGGAGGUUCUACUGGAAGCACAGGAGAGAGCAGUCAAGGAGUGUAAUGUUGAAUACAAGUCAAACCUGUGGGUCGCUGAAUCUCUGGCCUUAAAAGGUCGCCACACUAAGCAGAUUCGGUACCACGGUCGCGGGCACUUUGGCAUCAUGCACUGUGGAUACUGCCACUAUCUGGUGCGACUAGAAGAGGGCCCGCCUCCGCCCAAGAGACGUGAUCCAACGGGGUACGACAAGGCCAGCGACUACAUGGACAGUUUGAGGAAACGGACAAUCCAGUUUGGCAUGUGAUAACUUAAAAUUUGUACAUGUUUGAAGGCUUUAGGACUUGUGGGCUGGGAAAGGACAACAUCAAGUGUUGGUUGUCUCAAAUAUCUUGAAAACCAAGACUUAUCUACGUAAACAAGGUCACUGACCAAAGACCACAAAGAUGUUUCCAUGUUUUAAUGAAAAGUAUGCAAGUUGCAUUAUGUAUGUACAUAGACAUCCACUACACAAUGGCUGUUUACUCUUGUUUACUGUAAGCCAUAUCCAUGAUACUAAAACAUCUGAAAAUGCUAUUCCAUCAGUUAAUGAUGUAAGAAAACAACCGUAGAGCAGAAUGUAUGAAGUUUAUUUGUUAGAAGAAAUAAAAGUUAGGAAAUCUGU